UCUUAAAGACUCUAUGGUCAGUUACAUGAGUUCUCCCACGUGGCGGAGUGAAAUAAAUCAGACUUUUCAGUAAAACGUUUAUGGAAAAUAUUUUUGUUUUUCCAUUAAAGCGAUGGAGAUUAAUUUUUACCUCAUUAUUUCGUCCAUGUUUUUGCUAAUUUUCACUCUAAUUAAUAAUUACAAUGCUUAUAACAAAAUCAGCAACAGGCGUUCUUUGCAUCAAGGAUACUUGAAUAAAUUGCAUAAAAAUGACGUGAGAAACUUAAAAAAUCGGCAGUGGUAUGGCGAAAAAAGGCACUCACAAGUAUUAAAGAAAGCUUUGAGUUUAUUUCGGAAAAGGAGAGUAAUUGGCGAUUUUAACCAUACUUGGCCGAUUAAGAGAGUAGCUGAAAUAGAGGGAGAUAUAAUUCUUGGCGGUCUUAUGAUGAUACAUGAAAGAGAAGAUCGUAGAAUAUGCGGGCCAAUAAUGCCACAAGGAGGUAUACAAGCUUUGGAAUGCAUGUUGUAUACCAUGGAUUGGAUAAACAAUAAAAAAGACUUUUUGCCCGGUAUCAAACUGGGUGCGUAUGUAUUGGAUGAUUGUGAUAAGGACACUUAUGGAUUAGAACAGGCAGUUGAUUUUAUAAAAGGUUCUAUAAGUAAUAUUGAUGAUGGUACAUAUCGAUGCCCUGAUGGUUCUUCUCCCUCUAUUCGACAUCAAAGAAUAUCUGGAGUACUUGGAGCAGCUUCAAGUGUCACUUCAAUUCAAGUUGCAAAUCUAUUAAGACUCUUUAAAAUACCUCAGGUCAGCUUCUUUUCUACAAGUCCAGAGCUGAGUAACAAGCAAAGGUUUGAAUAUUUCUUGAGAACUGUACCUUCAGAUACUAACCAAGCUGAUGCAAUGGUGCAAAUCAUUCGGAGAUUGAACUGGACUUAUAUAUCCAUCUUGUACGAAGAGUCAAAUUACGGAAUACAGGCUUUCACAGUAUUGGAAGAGCUGUUAUCUAAAAGUGAGAUCUGCAUUGCUGUUAAAGAAAGACUCACAAAAGACUCAGGAGUUGCUGGUGACUCAUAUUACGACAAUAUCGUUCAUAAGUUAAUGGCAAAACCCAGUGCAAGAGGUGUUAUAAUUUUUGGAUCAGAUCAGGAAGUAGCAGGAGUCAUGAGAGCCGUUGGACGCAACAACUGCACUGGUACCUUUUCAUGGAUCGGCAGUGAUGGCUGGAGUGCUCGUGCGUUAGUGUUUGAUGGCAAUGAACGCGAAGUUGAAGGAACCAUAUCAGUCCAACCACGAGCACACCCAGUUAUUGGAUUCGAACAAUACUUUCAACGACUCACAGUGAGCAACAAUCAAAGAAAUCCUUGGUUUACGGAGUUCUGGGAACACUUCUUCAGCUGUAAGUGGGCAGGAAGCAUGGUGACACCAUACAACAAUUUUACGAGCAUUUGCAUGGGGAAUGAGACAAUUUCUCCUGAAAAUGGAUACGAAUCAGAGAAGCAACUGCAGUUUGUUAGCGACUCAGUGUUGGCAUUUGCUUACGCUUUGAAGAACAUGCAUUCUGAUUUGUGUGGUGGCAUUGCAGGACUGUGUGCAAAAAUGGAUCCUAUUGAUGGUGCAGUACUUCGAAAUUACUUGAAAAAUGUAUCAUUUAGGGGUUUGAGUGGAGAUGAAUUUCAUUUUUCUGAAAAUGGUGAUGGCCCUGCACGUUAUAACAUAAUUCAUUUCAAGCAAGUACAACCAGGAUCCUAUAAGUGGGUUCGCGUUGGAGAAUAUUCAGAGGGAGAAUUGAAACUCAACAUGUCAGUUAUCAGGUUCAGACAAGACGAACCUGGAAUGCCUACUUCCGUCUGUAGUCUUCCCUGUGGAAUGGGUCAGGCGAAAAAGUAUGUCGAAGGUGGAAAAUGUUGCUGGCACUGCUUCAAUUGCACUAAAUACCAAAUUCUAGUGCAAGAAACUAGUUGCGAAGAUUGUCAAUUAGGUUAUUUGCCAAAUGCAGAUCACACACGCUGCGAAAUUAUACCUCUUCAGUACAUGCGAAUAGACAGUUAUUGGGCCAUAGGUAUUAUGUCCUUCUCUUCAUUUGGCAUCAUAUUGACCACGUUUGUUAUGGUAGUUUUUGUCAAACACAAUGACACACCAGUCGUGAAAGCCUCUGGCCGAGAACUAAGCUACGUUUUGCUUUCAGGUAUAUUUCUCUGCUAUGCUAUAACAUUUUUGUUAGUGCAACGCCCAUCGGACUUUAAAUGCGGUGCCCAGAAAAUGGGUAUAGGCUUAUGCUUUACUAUCGUCUACAGUGCUGUUCUGACGAAAACGAAUAGAAUUGAUAGAAUUUUCAGGUCAGGAGCGAAAAGUACGAAACGACCUAGCUUCAUAAGCCCGAAAUCACAGCUUAUUAUUUGUGGACUCAUAGUAAGCAUACAAAUAAUAUUCUCAGCUAUGUGGAUGGGCUUUAGUCCACCCAAAGCCAUACUCUAUCAUCCAACACCAGAUGAGAGUCAUUUAGUGUGUGCUGCUUCCAUUGAUGCAACUUACAUGAUUGCAUUCGCGUAUCCGAUGAUACUAAUCCUCAUUUGUACAGUCUAUGCUAUUCUUACGCGGAAAAUACCAGAAGCAUUCAACGAGUCCAAGUUCAUCGGAUUCACUAUGUAUACUACUUGUAUAGUGUGGCUAGCAUUUAUCCCUCUGUACUUUACGACCACUGAUCAUGACGAAAUUAACGUGUUCACCAUGUCAGUGACUGUCAGUUUGAGCGCCACCGUGACUCUGUUUUGUCUUUUCACACCAAAACUUUACAUAAUAUUGCUUCAUCCAAAGAAAAAUGUGAGACAGUCUUUGAUGAAUACCAGUAAGUUCUCGGUGAACGAUAAUAACAAGCAUGUCUCAAACAAAGUGGAGCGCACAACAAUUUCUGAAGGUUCUUUAGAUGCCAAUGACUUAAACAGCAAACUCAGCAGCGAUUCAAAUCCAUUGAAAAGAUUUUCCAGCUGUGGAACUCAAACAUCAAGUGAGACCAUAAUCACAAGCAUGCCCAGAUGCAUUAGCUGCACAAUAAUAAGCAACUGUAGAAGAGAGGAUUCAACUGCAAUACUUUAAAUUCUUUGUUGCUCAGUAAUGAAAUAGAACUUAUCAAAAUCUCCAAGUGUUGUCUAAUGCCGUUGUAUCUAUAUUUAUGAUUUUUAUUUCAUUAAAACAUUAUAAAUUGUUUUAUCAAAAAAUUAAGAUUGUAUAAUAAUCAACUGCAAUACUUUCAAUACUUAUUUGCUCAAUAAUAAAAUAGGAUUUUAUUAAAAUCUUCACUUAUUCUAUAAAAUUUUUUAGUUUAGUGUGACGAAGAUGGUCGGGCCAGCUGGGAAGACAGGUACAGGACAUAAAAAAAGCACAGUAGUAUUUAUUUAAUCUUUAUUGUUAAGAAGGCGAUCAUCUAAGUGACAUAAAUUGAAGUACUUAAGUGAC